AUGAGUAUCUCCGCCCUUCCAACAGAGCUGCUCAGCAUGAUCUUCGAUGAGAUCCGGAGAAAAGAGGAUAUGCAAGCCGUUUCUCUCGUUUGCCACAAAUGGCGCGUUAAUCUUGCGCCGCUGAUGUGGUACACGUUGAACACUGAUCUGCUGCUUAGCAAAUUUCAGUCCAUGAAAGCACUUGUCAAUUCACAGAGCAUAAUACUCCCUCAUAUCCGACGGAUUAUCAUAGCAACACCCCGACGAGUCGCGAGCGAUUCGUUUGAAAUGGACCAAAUCGAGCACAAAUUACGUCUACUGUUAACGUCCCUUCCUCGCGACCGAAUCACGCACUUCAUGGCCAGCACGUUGAGACCGAGCCGUCAUACUAUCCACAUGCUUCUCAAAUCCCAGCGGAAGCUCGAAGAAUUGAACUUCCGCAUCAGGUCCGACGAGGCCUUCACGGGCAAGGGGCCACUUCCUCUCCACACAGGUGGUCCUUUGAUGGAGCCUCCACUGAAAGACCUCACUGGACUAGCUGUAUAUGUUCAUUGCCAUCCGAAGAUGGCGAAAAACUCUUUUGAGUACUACCGCAAACUUCUCAGAUACGUUCCCAAGCUGCAGACCCUAUCCAUAGUGGGCACGCUCUUUGACAAUCGUCCACUCGACCGGCUGGAUAUGCAUCACAUCCUACAGCAUGACAUAAAGCAGCCCAUCCUAACAAGUCUCACCAACCUCCGUCUGAAGCUUAUCGACUUUGGAAUGAGUCACAAGGCGAUUUUCAGUAACAUCAACUUUGCGAACCUUCGCACGUUGUCACUAAUUGGCUGCAAUGACAUGGCCACCUUCUUGGGCGGCCUCCUGGUACAACGCGCCAACAGUGACGGCAGUUAUCUUUCCCAUCUUUCCGACCUGGAGAUCUUCUUGCCUUCUAAUUCACCCCAUCCCGACAACGACAUUCAGGCUGUCCAACACUUCCUCGAGACUGGUCCGAAGCUUGAGAAACUCAUCGUGGACGUAUCGUGCCACGCCUUGAUAAAGAACGACGCUAUCAUCGCCCGGUCUAAUAAGCUGACUUCACUGCAACUGGGUACGGGUGAGGACACAGUAGGGCGUUCAUAUGCAGUGAAAGACGUCAAAGCGAUCUUAGAUGCCUCCCCAAAGCUCGCAAAUAUCGCCAUAAACCUCCCAGCAGUGAGCCUAGGAUCCCUUAUCGAUCUAGUUCACGACUUCAAGUUGGGAAGACCACAAAACUGUCUCACAUAUAUAGACACUGAGUUCGAAGCAGUGCUCAUCGUACUCGCCCAACACGCCCCACUUCACACCCUCCGCAUAUUGAACCUUCCAACUUUCGGAGAGAUCGAAAUAACGCACAAUCCCAACUCGCUCAACGCUACCGAACACCGAUUAGCCCGCGUCUUGUACCAGAAUUUCGCAACGGAGAUAAUGCGCUUCAUGGCGAAAUGCGGUACCGCCCCCAUCUUUUUCGACACUCGGCCUAGUAUUACGUACCAGAUUUUCGAUGAGUGUCUAUGGCCUGCAUAUCUGUUUAAUAAAGGAUAUCCGCAGGAUGAUAAAGAGUCACUCGUGAUGCGUAUGGCGGGGUCGAGUAUCUGA